AUGGGUUUAACGACCACCGUGAGCCCCCUGGUUGAAUUCGGACUGCGCACUAUAGGGAUUUGGCCGGGAUCUUACAACAUCUUAUAUCGGGCUUUUUGGACGAUCACCUUAGGUCUCGCUCAAACAUUCCAGCUCAGGUAUAUCGCUGCCUGCAUUCAAACUGCUAAUUUGCUCGAUCUGGUAGAUAGCGUCAGCACCACACUGCCUUACAGUUUGCUCUGUUUGAAGCUGAUUAUUCUCUGGCAAAAUAAGAGACUGUUUAAUAACAUUUUAAUAUUAAUGUCACAAGAUUGGCGCAACUGCGGUACCACCGCCAUCAACGUGCGUAUCAUGACAAGUAAAGCAAAUCUUUCUCAUCGUUGCUCGUUGCUGAUUAUUGGGGUAUAUGCAAUGGCCGUUGUGGUCUAUGUUUCCGUUAUAAUGGAAUAUAAUACUAUCGGUAAAGGGUCCGACAAAGAGGAGAAUCAACUUUUUCUUAAGAUGGAUUUCCCUUUUGUUUAUGAAUUCUCUCCUGUUUACGAAAUCGUGAUGUUUGUUCAAUUUGUACAGUUGCUGAGCAACGCCUCGGUAAUUGGGAUGCUGGAUGCGUUUAUCAUAACAUUGGUACUUCAUAUAAGCGGACAGAUAGAUAUUGUGUGCCGAGGAUUACUCGAACUCUUCUCAAAAGAUUGCGAAUCUAAAUCGUACAAGGAUGCGAAGAGCGCAAUUAUCCGUAGGCAUCAAAAUGUCAUUGCAUUUUCAGACAAUGUCGAAAGUCUUUUCUCUUACAUUGCACUAAUGCAGUUUCUUACGAACACGCUUGUCAUAUGCUGCAUAGCAUUCGUGAUCGUGAUAACGAUCAAUGCUAACAAAGGCUACAUCAUGUUAUUGAAAUCCUUAUUUUUUUACAUUGCUAUCACUUUGGAAGCGUUCAUCUUCUGUUUUGCUGGAGAAUAUCUUAGUAAUAAGAGCAAAUCAGUCGCAAAUGCAGCUUACGAGGCUAUUUGGUACGACGUGAAACCUUGUGAAAGUAGAAUUUUAUUGAUUUUAAUAUUGAGAUCACAAAAACGAUUGACUUUAACGAUUGGAAAAUUUAACGAUCUGUCUUUGAAAGUUUUUGCAAGUAUUUUAAAAGCUUCUGCUUCAAGCGUAUCGGUGCUACUUGCAAUGUCAUGAUCAAAUAGAUAUGAAAUAAACAAAUAGAUAUGAAAUACGAAAUCGAUACAAAUAUAUACACAUAUUUGCAUUAUA